AUAAACGAACUGCCAAAAGUUCUAAGUCACGAAAAAAGUACAGAUUUUCUAAAAAAAAAGAGAAUAGAUUUGGAGUAUUACAUAUUCAUGGGAAAUCAAAAAAUAAUAAUUUAAAUAGAAAAUAAGAUAUGUAAUAAGUCUCCCGAUAGGCCUAUUAUCUAUUAAAAUAAUACAGCUCAUUAUAGUUGAAUCAGUCGGCACCAUGAGUUUGUACCUGAAGCCUGAACAUGUACUCCAAGGAGGCUACUGCAAUGCCACUCUGCGUAAACUUCAAGAACCAAAUACGAGUAUACAAGCACACAAUGUGAUGUAUCCAGUUUUCUUAUUAGAGAAUGAUGAUGCUAUCCAGCCAGUGUCAAGCAUGCCCAAUGUGUACAGAUAUGGCAUCAAUCAACUCAUUCCAGCACUUACUGAGUUGGUGAAGAAAGGACUUGAGUCCAUACUUGUUUUUGGGAUUAUUGAGACACUGCCAAAGGAUCCACUUGGUAGUCAUGCGGAUAGCGACAGCAAUCCAGUCAUGAAAGCCCUGCCGAAGCUGAAGGCGGCAUUCCCCAACCUCGUGGUAGCCUGUGACGUGUGCCUGUGUCCGUACACGUCCCACGGACACUGCGGGGUGCUCCAGCCAAAUGGGUCUAUUGAUCAUGCAGCGUCCGUUAAAAGGAUCGCCGAAGUGGCUCUAUCUUACGCAAUGGCAGGUGCCGACAUCGUGGCACCGUCCGACAUGAUGGAUAACAGAAUAAAAGCGAUCAAAGAAGCCCUUUUCUCCACCAAUCUGGGAAACAAGGUAUCCGUCCUGUCGUACUCCUGCAAAUUCGCAUCGUCCAUGUACGGCCCGUUCCGGGACACCAUGAAGAGCUCCCCGAUGGCGGGCGACAGGAAGUGUUACCAGCUGCCGCCAGGGGCUGCGGGGCUCGCCGCCAGGGCUGCUGCUCGGGACGUGGCUGAAGGCGCUGACUUCCUCAUGGUGAAGCCGGGCCUGCCUUACUUGGACAUUGUGAGGCAGACCAAGGACAAUCACCCGCACCAUCCCCUAUUCAUCUAUCAGGUGUCUGGCGAAUACGCGAUGAUCUCCCGCAGUGGUGACGCAGGCGAGGUGGAGACCACGCUUAUGGAGAUGCUUCUCUGCAUGCGGAGAGCUGGCGCCGACUGCAUCAUAACAUACUUCGCACCGCUAAUCCUGGACAUAAUAUCUAGAAGGGUCUCGUCGCAAUAAUGAAUUCCUUAGUAAAUUGUAGUCGUAAGUUUAUUUGUAGUUAUGGCUCAAAGGGUUGUUAUAAGUACACCAACUGUUGUUUUAUUAUUGGAGGUUAAUAUUAAAAGAUUUUAUUAAUA